GGUUGUGUUGCAGACCCGAUAACGUCGAAUUACCAGAAACUUGAUUCUUUUCAGGUCUCUCUAUUGGACUGUCAGUGUGCCAGAAACUUUGUUUCUUUUCUCUAGAAUCGAUCGAGAUGGUGGGGAUGGGAUCUUCAUCAAUGUCUUGGUCCUUCUCGGAAAGGGAGUGGCCGCCACUUACAAUGCGCGGCGACCUCAUCCCUCCCCGCCUCAGCCACCUCCUUAACAACCGUUUCGGGCUCUUCGUCCACUGCUCCAUCAAGAAAUUCACUCAUCUACGCCAUGCACCCAUAAUGAAGGAUGUAUGGUGUAGAGGACCCUACCGAUCCAAAGGAAUUGACAUUCUUCAACUGUCGAGCAAUGCCUUUGUAUCCCCAUAUGCAUCAUUCUUAGGCUUCUUUAACAGAGGUGAAACAAGAAAGGAUUUGGCAAAUGAGCAGACAUCUAACUUUGGGACUUCAGGGCGCGGGCGAGAUUCCAUUAGUGGAGGGCAAUGGACUGAUGUUCUUCUUACUGCUAAUGUCUUGAUUUAUAUUGCCCAAAUCGCAUCACGAGGGAAGCUUUUUAUGUGGGGAGCAAAGAUUAAUACUCUUAUUGAGAAGGGACAGGUCUGGAGGCUGGUCACCUCUUCUUUCUUGCAUGUUAAUCUUUGGCACCUCAUGAUUAAUUGUUAUUCUCUGAAUAAUGUUGGUCCUUCCGUAGAGAGAAUAAGUGGUCCAAGGAGGUUUCUCGCAGUCUACUUCACCUCUGCAAUUGCAGACAGGAACAGCAAUGAGUUAUUGGUUCAACAAAAUGCCUUCAGUUGGUGCAUCUGGAGCAAUCUUUGGGAUGGUUGGAUCACUUGCUGUCUUUCACAUGAGGCAUAGAGGCAUGUUUGGAGAUAGUGAAAAAGAUUUACAGAACAUAGCUAAAGUGAUUAUCCUAAAUAUGGUAUGAUCUUAGCUCUGAAUAUUUUCUGAAAAAGAUUGCAAACUCACUUAUGAAGCCAAUUGAAAGAUAUCCCCCCCCCCCCUUUGUGGGACCUGGGCCUGCGUGGGGGUUAGGGGGAAGGUACGGCUUUGUUUGAUAAAUCAUAACCAUUUCAGUUUUUCUGGUGUCCUUUGUUUUUUUUUUUUUUGUUCUUUUGUUAAGUCAUAACAUUCUUAAUGUUUUUGACUGUGGGAAAAUCUUACCUUGCGCCAUGCACAAGUUUAUGGAGUUGGCCAUCACUAGACCACAAGCUCCUUUUUUUCUUGAUGAAUGACAUUGUUAUUCCAGAGGAUUUGAACCUUCAAUUUGUUAUAAAUCGUAA